AUUUUGACGGUUUGACCAUCGACAUAUAAACUAAAGUUGACUCUCGACAAGGAAGAACGUUUCUCUUUCUCCCGCCUCCACACUCCGCCCCCCACUUCGCUGCCCUUAUUCCGGCUCCGCUUCUGUUCGGAAAAAGAAAACCCUAAACCCUGCAACGUCCCAGCACAUUCAGCCAUGGGUGGGGAGCUAAAAAUAUCCGAGACCCGGGACCUAACCCGACUCGAACGAUGCGGAGCGCAUUCCCACAUCCGGGGCCUAGGCCUUGAUUCGGCGCUGGAGCCCCGGGCCGUCUCCGACGGCAUGGUAGGUCAAGUUUCUGCCCGGAAAGCUGCCGGAGUCAUUGUGAAGAUGAUCCAGGACGGGAAAAUUGCGGGUAGGGCCGUUCUUCUUGCUGGGAAACCGGGCACUGGGAAAACCGCCAUAGCUAUGGGUAUGGCGAAAUCCAUAGGCCAGGAAACCCCCUUUUCUAUGCUGGCAGGAAGCGAGCUGUUUUCUUUGGAGAUGUCCAAAACAGAAGCCCUAAUGCAAGCUUUUAGGAAAGCGAUUGGAGUUAGGAUUAAGGAAGAGGCGGAGGUUAUUGAAGGUGAAGUGGUGGAGAUACAAAUUGACCGCCCGGCGGCGUCCGGAGCGGCGUCGAAGACCGGGAAAUUGACGGUGAAGACGACGGAGAUGGAGACUGUGUAUGAGUUGGGAGCGAAGAUGAUUGAGGCCUUGGGGAAGGAGAAAGUGCAGAGUGGGGACGUGAUUGCCAUUGACAAGGCCUCUGGAAAGAUUACGAAGCUAGGGAGAUCGUUUUCGAGGUCCAGGGAUUAUGAUGCAAUGGGCCCGCAGACAAAGUUCGUGCAAACCCCUGAUGGAGAGCUGCAGAAGAGGAAGGAAAUUGUGCACUCUGUGACUCUUCAUGAGAUUGAUGUUAUCAACAGCAGGACCCAGGGGUUUUUAGCCCUCUUUACUGGUGAUACUGGUGAAAUUCGUUCAGAAGUAAGAGAACAGAUUGACACAAAAGUGGCAGAAUGGAGAGAGGAAGGGAAGGCUGAGAUUGUGCCUGGUGUCCUUUUUAUCGAUGAAGUCCACAUGCUCGAUAUUGAGUGCUUUUCAUUCCUUAAUCGUGCCUUGGAGAGUGAAAUGGCACCUAUCUUAGUGGUUGCUACCAACAGAGGCAUCACAACAAUCCGUGGAACUAGCUACAAAUCCCCACAUGGGAUUCCCAUCGAUUUUCUUGACCGUCUUCUCAUCAUCUCCACACAGCCAUACACAGAAGAGGAUAUUAGGAAAAUUCUGGACAUCAGAUGCCAAGAAGAGGAGGUAGAAAUGACUGAAGAGGCAAAGGUUUUGUUAACAAAGAUUGGAGUUGAGACAUCGUUAAGAUACGCCAUAAACCUGAUAACAUCCGCUACAUUGGCUUGCCAAAAGCGCAAGGGCAGGAUUGUGGAGUUGGAAGACAUUAGCCGAGUGUAUGAAUUGUUCUAUGAUGUGAACAGAUCAACUCAAUACUUGAUGGAGUACCAGAGCGAGUUUAUGUUUAGUGAGGUGCCGUUAGGUGAAGGAGAUGCUGUAGAUGCCAUGGUUUCUUGAGGAAUUCACUUUUGUUUCUUGAGUACAGAGGCACCGAAGUCUUAGUGUUAUUUAUUGGCAAUUGUAACGAUAAGUCUUUUUGCCAGUUGAUUUAGGGUCAUAUGAUUUUGUAUAAUCAUCCUUCCUGUGUUUAAUCUUUUAAAUAUCCGCCAGUGAAUUACUGUGUUUUGACAUACUCAACCCUGCAUUAUGACUUUCAUCAGGCAUUGUAUUUCUUUAAACACACCAGGAUUUGAGGGCUUUACAGAGGAGAUUAGAGGGAUAUUUGUACUUAAGCAAGUUUUGCAAUGUGCAUCCAACAUUGCAAUUCCUUUCGGUUAGUUUAUAUAGAUGGUAUUCAAAAGUGAUGCUUCUAAAACGGCAGGCUUUUCAUUUUCAUCUACGAUACGAUCCCAAAACAUCGAAGUAUC